UUGUAAUACAGGCAGUCGCAAUCGCUGGUCGCUGCUUUUUAAUUGGCUGAGGCAGAAUCGCAAUCGCAGAUCGCAGUCGCGACCGCGAGCUGCUAGUGUGAUACGGGCAUAAUGUCAAUAGUUGCUUUUUGCAUGUGUAAAGUUUUGUUAAGAAUGCGAUAAGAAUUUGUGCCGUACCGUAUACAAUGCGAAUACAAAUUUUAAAAAACUACGUGUAUUAUUUGAAAACAAGUGGUACUUGCGUUGUGAUACUGGGAAGUUGCUGGUUUCUGUAUCAACUGCGGCAGGUAUCACAGAUCGUUCGGUCCACUGUCAAUAUAAAUGUUCUAAAUUUGGAACAAACACAUGCGCAAUAUAUUUAUAUCGAUGAUCCUCGAUUUAAAGAUGUGUUUAUAUCCAAAGAAGAUGAGGACCUACAUAGAUCUGCGUUGGAGAAGCCACAGAAUUUUAGUGAUAUGUUCACAAACCGGUGGAAGAUAAAAAAUCAUAAAAUGGCAUAUAAAUUAUUGUAUAUGGCGCAACACGGGGAUAAAACUGAACGAUUCAAAGCUGUAACUGCUCUUAGUUCCUUAUCAAACUUGAAAGAUUGGCAAUAUCGUCAUUUGGCACAGAUGUUGGAUGCUAGAACAGCAGUAGCCCUUGCAAGAAUGUCAAAUGUUAAUCUGCAAUUCUUUCUGCAGCCACCAUAUUAUCAUAUACAAUAUAACUUACAUGAUGUCUUAGAACAAGUACAUUCAUUGCUGUUACAUUUGAAUACUUUAUGUGAUAAUGGACAUCUCUGUCUUACACAGUUCCUUAGUAAAAAGUUCAAAGACUCACAUCGAUAUCUUGUAGAGUGGUUUGAUCAUGAUUUGACAAGUGUAGGCCUUUCAACGGAAACAACAAUUGUCUGGGAUAAUGAAUUGCUUAAAAGUUGUGUUGAAGCAAUCUGUCACCAUUCAUCUGUGGAACAGUAUAGUAAACACUUGAUCAGUGCCGGAGUUUUGCCAAUAUUAAUGGCGAUACAAAAAAUUUGCAGCGAUGAUAUUGAAAUUUGCAUAUUACUCGCGAAAAUAUUAUCCAAUAUGUCUCUUCACUCCGAGUAUUUAAACAAUAUCUAUGAAUCCGGGUGGAUCGGCAUAUUGUCACGUUGGUCUCGCAGUGAUGAUAUUCGUCUGUCGGCACAGGCGAUCAGUGCAUUAGCGAAUUUGGAUACGGACGGAAACGAAGGAGCAAAAUACUCGCAGCGUGUUUAUCUUCUUCAUCCCCUGUACAGAGUUCAUGCAGCCACAAAGAUGGAUGUUGUGUUUUUGCAUGGACUGUUAGGUGGAGUCUUUGUUACUUGGAGACAACGCGAUGUAGAUACUUCUGCAUUUGAAGUUACAGAUCCCAAUACAUUAAAUCAGACUAUGGAUUAUUUAUCUACUAUGAUCGACGACGAUCGUCCUCAGGAAUUUUUUAAAGAUUUAGCCCGCGACCUGCACUUACGUGAAUGGAAAAAAAUAGGCCAAGAUUUUGAAGUGGUAUUGGAUGAUUGUCCACAAAACACAAAUGCUCACGCAUGCGGACCUUAUUUUUGCAAAGGAGAUAAUGUCUGCAUAAAGAAUGGAUUCGAUUGUACAUCUAAAUCAUUAUGUUGGCCCAAAGAUUGGUUACCCAUGGACAUACCAUCCUUACGACUUAUAGGUAUUAAUUAUGAUACAAGUUUAUCUAUGUGGACUCCUUUCUGCCCAAUACAAAAUAAGAAGAACACUAUUAAAGAUAGGAGCGAAGAAUUCAUUACCAAAUUAACAAUGGCAAAUGUAGGACAGCGGCCGCUUAUAUGGGUUGGUCAUUCAAUGGGUGGAUUAUUAGUUAAAAAGAUGCUUGUAGAAGAGUGGAAAACUGGAGAUAAGCACGGUAUUUGCAAGAAUACCAAAGCUAUCUUAUUUUACGGUACUCCUCACCGAGGUUCUCAUGUGGCAGCUCUGAAGCAAAUGACGCAAAUGUUGGUAUGGCCAACAGUCGAGGUUCAAGAACUGCGCGAAGAAUCGCCACAAUUGCUAAAAUUGCAUGAGGAAUUCCUAGAAAUGUUGAAGGAAUAUCAUAUAGAAAUAGUGAGUUUUGCCGAGGCCAAACCUACGCUUGUAACCACGCUAAAGUUCCCCUUCCAAUUCGUCAGCCUUAAUUCGGCAGAUCCUGGCAUAGGGGAAUUCUUUGAGAUUCCACAGGAUCAUUUGUCAAUAUGCAAACCAGCCAGCAGGCAAUCAUUCUUAUACCAAAAACUUUUGAGCGUGCUCAAACGCCAUAUUAAUCAUCAGGAAAAAACGACUAUUUCGUCAAUUAGGAACUCAUUUUCGCUGUUGGAUAAAUUAUUUUAGGUCUGUAUAUAAGAGUUAUAUAUAUUUUUUAUAUAGAUCUGUGAAUAUGUGAAGACAAUGUAUGUAUGAAUAAUAACAUGAAAAGAUUUGUACAACACACGUUAUGACCCGAUCUUAAUGUUUUUCAUCAUUUAUAAAUUCAUUGUCAAUAUAAUCACUACUUUCUUA